AUGCCUAGCAGACCAGGGAGAUUAGAGGGCAAGAAUGCUAUUAUCACGGGCGCGGCAGGGGGCAUUGGUCUGGAGACAACUAUUCUUUUCGCCAGAGAAGGUGCUGCAGUAUUGAUGGCAGAUAUCUCGGAGCCGGCACUGGAGAAAGCACUUGCCAAAGCUAAGGAAAUCGUGCCUGAUGCAGCACGAAUCUCGACUAUGAAAUGUGACGUCUCGAAAGAGUCAGACGUAAAGGCUAUGGUAGAGUCGCAGGAUCAGUACAACGGAAUUGAUAUAAUCUUCAACAAUGCAGGAAUCAUGCAUGCUGAUGAUGCCGACGCGAUCGGUACGCCAGAAAAGAUCUGGGAUCUCACCCACAACAUCAACGUGAAAGGUGUCUGGUUCGGGUCGAAGCAUGCAGUCCUCAGUAUGCGUCGACACAAUAAGACCAAGGGAAGCAUCAUCAACGUGGCAUCCGUUGUUGCUCUGGUGGGCUCUGCCACACCACAGCUUGCAUACACUGCAUCUAAAGGAGCGGUUAUGGCGAUGACGCGAGAGCUGGCUAUUGUUCAUGCACGAGAAGGAUUCCGGUUCAAUGCUCUCUGCCCCGCACCACUUAACACUCCGCUGCUUCAAGAUUGGCUUGGCGACGAUGCGGAAAAGAGACACCGACGUGAAAUUCACUUCCCUACCGGCAGAUUUGGAGAGGCGAUUGAGCAGGCGCAAGCAGUGCUCUUCCUAGCUAGUGAUGAAAGCAGUUUCGUUAACGGCACCGAUUUUGUGGUCGAUGGAGGAAUGACCAAGGCCUAUGUUACGCCCGACGGUCCUGCUACAGAAGCGCCAGCUAAUUUGGCAAAAUGA